UCUCUUCCCCCGUUACUUUUCGAGAACUUAAAAAAAAAAAGAACGCUUUCUUCUUGUUUAAUUUUCAUAUCACUAAUGACCCGCCUUUCCCCUGCCCACUUAACUAUUUUUCUUUACUAUGUGACGCGACGGGUGCCAGUGGGGACAGGUGUGUUGGUUGUUAUGUGGUUGACUGGGCGUACUACCUUGGUUCCCAUGUACCGGAUAGCGGCACUCUGCCAAUUCCAACGACGCGCAACUGAAGGAACAAUCAUUGGAUUUCUUUCCUAACGUUCCGGUCCCUAUCUGAAUCUCAACAUAGUCCACGUCCCGGGAGCAUUUUGAGGAAGAGAGAAGAUGGCACCUAAGAGAAAAGCAGCAUCUGCCACAAAAGCACGAGGGAAGAAGGUUAAAGAGGAGCCUGAAGCCCCAGUAAAAGAUAAAUUCACCUCUGUUAAAGAAGCUCUGAAAGCUACAGGAUCACAGAAUAAAGCCAAGAGGAAACCCGACAGCUGUUGUAACCUGUUAGAUACUGAGGUCUAUGAAGAUUAUGAUUGUAUGCUGAAUCAAACAGACAUUGGAAAUAACAACAACAAAUUCUUUGUAAUUCAAAUCUUAGUAAGUGGAGGACAGUAUUAUUGUUGGACAAGAUGGGGCAGAGUGGGAGAGUCAGGACGGAAUAACUUAGCUGGGCCUUCAAAUGUUGAUGCAGCCAUUAAAAAUUUUGAGAAAAAAUUCAAAGACAAGACAAAAAAUAACUGGACUGAUCGGGAAAACUUCGUUUCACAUUCAGGGAAGUAUACUCUGAUUGAAGUGGAUGGGGACCAGGAGGCUGAAUUGAAGGUUGAUGCAGUAGAUGGUGGAACUCUGGUGAUGAAAAAGAACGUUCUGCCUUGCAAACUGGAUGACCCCACUCAAAGACUCAUUAAGUUCAUCUUCAACAAUGACAUGUUCAAAGAGGCCAUGGAGAACAUGAACCUGGACAUUAAGAAGAUGCCCCUGGGGAAGCUCAGUAAGCAGCAGAUUGCUAAAGGCUUUGAGGCACUCGAGAAACUCGAGGAGGCGAUAAAGAAUAAAAGUAAAGAAUGUAAGCUGGCAAAGCUCACUUCGAAUUUCUUCACCAUUAUUCCACAUAACUUUGGCCGGAACAGACCUCCUGUCAUCAAUACCGAUUCCAUCCUUCAGAGCAAGAAAGAGAUGCUUCUGGUGUUGGCAGAUAUAGAGAUAGCCCAAAGCCUCAAAGCUGAGUCAGAAAAGGCCAAGGAGGAGAUGGUAGAGACUGUACCUCAUCCUAUAGACCAGGACUACGAAUCUCUAAAAUGUAGCCUCAACUUGCUGGAUAAGAAAUCCAAGGAAUUUAAGAUUAUUGAAAAGUACUUGAGUGCUACUGGUGAGGGACUUACCAUAGUAGAUGUGUGGAAAGUAGACAGAGAUAAAGAGGCCGAACACUUCAGUGAGAACGAUGCUUUAGAGAACCGGAAGCUGCUUUGGCAUGGUACUAAUGUGGCAGUGGUGGCGGCCAUUCUGAAGAGUGGCCUUCGCAUCAUGCCACACUCGGGUGGUCGUGUAGGCCGGGGCAUCUACUUUGCCUCAGAGAAUGUCAAAUCUGCUGGUUAUGUGCAUCCAUCAAAUGGCAUUGGGAUUAUGUUUCUGAACGAAGUUGCUCUGGGAAAGGAAUACCCUAUCGUUUCUGAUGAUUCCAGUUUGAGGAAGGCGCCUGAUGGUUAUCACAGUGUUGUAGCACGGGGCAGACAGGAACCAGAUCCCACAAAAGAUGUCUUCAUUCAGUUAGGUGGGAAGAAGGUGGCAGUGCCGCAAGGCAAAGCCAUAAACCAAGCUCAGUAUGAGCACAGCUAUUUCUUCAACAGUGAGUAUCUCAUUUACAAGGAGAGCCAGUGUCGUAUACGCUAUCUCCUGGAGCUCCACUUCUAGCUGCUUCCUUGUGAGGAACAGAGGAAACGGGGAAAGAAAAAUGGGGAAACUCUUGAAUUAAAACUUCACAGUGAGCCAAAGUCAAGUUUGAUUUGCUGGCAUGUUCAGCAUAAUUUGAUGAGAGCAAAUUACAUUGGUAUGUAAGAAAUAAUAUUGAUAUCAGAUUCCUCAAAUUAUUGAGGAGAACAAAGGUUAAUAGAUAAUGGUUUUCUGUUGAUCCUUUUUUGCUCAACCGGUUAGUCUGUUGCAAACAUUUUUUACUUAAAAUAUGUGAACUAAUUUUGCUAGUGUACAAUUAAAAGCACCUUUCCUUGUGACAGGCUUUGGUAAAUAAGGUUUGCUAUAUGAUUGUUUUGUGUGGUUCUGAUUGACAUUGUAGUAAUGGGGUGUGUUUUAUAUAUAUAUAUAUAUAUAUAUAAUCAGUUUUAAUUAUGUUAAUCACAUUUUCAGUAAAUAAUUAUUACAGUUAAUUAACAAACUUUUAAUAGCCAUAUGUGGGACUUAAAAGUUUUACAGUGUAAAACUGUAAUAAAGAGAUAAAAAUGGUAAAUAAAAAGUAAAAAUUGCAAUAAUAUGUGGAAAUGCAGGUUUCUAAUUAUCUUUGAACAGCCUUUAGAACUACUUUAGACUGCUUUUGCAUGAAUCUUUGUACACCAGAAUGUUCUAGAUAAUUUUUUUUUUUAAUAAACACUAUACACACACACACACACACAUACAUAUAUAUAUAUUUUUUUUCUCUAAACCGGAAAGGCUGUUGAAGCAGAGGCUCCGUAACUACUUUACUUAAAGCAAGUUCAGCUUGCCAAGAACCACCCCAAAAAACCCAUCUACUGCUUUCAUCCUACAUGUUACUCCCAUUAAUAUUUUAAAAGGGUUUGUUCUUCAUAUUGCACUGUGGCCAUACUGCAGAUAAUGGAGAAUAUAAUCUCUGGAUGCUUUUUUGUUUUUACAGUGUAUACUGUUUGUUUGCACUCCAUGAUAUUGUAGUAAUUGUAUUGCACUUUUGUUAUAAUUGAUUCUGAAGGAAUGUGUAGGUUCUAUGAGUGCCUUGGGUCAAGUACUUGCUGUGCAGCUCAACAAGCAAAAAAAUAAAUAGUUGUUUACAUCUGAAA